AUGACAACCUCCUCGGCAGCGGAGGCCCGGGUGCGGCAGUCCAUUGUGAACUGUGCAGUCGAUCACUACGAGCUGUUGACCAACGCGCAGGCCGCAAACAUGGCGGCCGCGUCGCUCUCCAGCACCGCCGAAGACACCGCUAAAGAGCUGACAGCAUCCUUGCAAACACUGCACUCCUGGUCGCAGCUUCUCCAGUAUGCGGGGCAGUCGUGGCGGCAAGAGAAGGCGCAGCUGCACGGCGCUGUCAUGAGCCACCAGAAAAUCGUGGCUCUCAUGGAGUCGCCUGCCUUAGUGGAGGAGUGCGUGCGGCAGACAAUGUUCCACGAGGCGCUUCUCAUAUUCGACCACGUCAUGAUGCUGUGCCAGCACAUGAGCGACGUGUACGUUUUUCAGAGACUGCAGAAAGAAGUGGUGGACACAAUGGAGCAAGCGGUGAACGCGCAUGUGUUGCCGAUGCUGUCGGGUGUGCUCACGGUGGACACCGCGUACAAAGCUAUCUCUCUCCUUCGUCGCCUUGGUGGCUCCCCGGCGUCGCUGCGUGCACUCUUCCUGCGCAGCCGCGCUGCCUACAUUCGUCAGCUGCUGCAGGAAGCUGAAUCCAGCGUGGUGCCCUACUCUCUCAUUCUCAAGUACAUCACUGUGUACAAGAUGCACGUGAAUGAGGUGACGCUGCAGUACAAGGCGUGCUUCCCGUCCAGCACCGAGGCCCAGCAGCGGCAGGCGACGGAGGAGCUGAGCCUAUGGUGUCAGGAGCAGGCGCACAUGUUCAUACACCUCAUGGCGGCGGCGCUCCAGCACCUGCACAACGGCUCUGAACUGGCGCUCGUGGUGCAGCAGUGCAGCAGCUGCGCGAGUGCAAGUGCGCGGGUGCACACAGACGUGCUUGGGCUCCUGGGCAACGUACUUGUCCAGAAGGUGCACGGGCUCUUCGCUGACGGCAUGCGGCAGGCCCGGACCACCUAUCGCACUGCCAUGAAGACCUCCUCGUGGCGUGUUUCUGUGUACUGUCACAACAACUCGACGCUGACGUCGUCUACGGUGAUCAAGGCCCCUCCGACUAUUAGCGACACGCCAGCCGUGCAGCUAGCUCAGUGGCUGCCGCUCGCGUACGCGCUCAACGGGAUGCUCUCCUCCUUCAACACCAUCCGCAAGUGCCUGUUACCGGGGGUUGAGGCACCGUGUGAGGAGGAAGUGCGGCAGCUGGUGUGCGAGGUGGGACAGGACAUGCUGAAUGACGCGCCUCUGCUCGACACAAUGUACAGCGCUGAACGGGCAGUGUUCGUGACCUUUGUGAAGGCGUUUCAACGGCUGUGGUACCCAUAUGUACUACACCUAGUUGAGCGCCUUCUCGGACCUGCGCACCGCGAGGACUUGGAGGAUCGCACGCAGGCUCUGAUGCAUGGCAUUGGAGAGCUUCUGUUUGCGGUAGAGCCACCGUCGACGGUGCCGGCUGCAGAAAGUGUGAGCUCUUUGGCUCCGCCGCCUGCACACCCGCAUGCAUCGACGACACUCGUUCCACCGAUACCGGACCUCACCACCGCCCCCGUUGCGGCGCCUUCGGUGCCGCCAGCGACAACUGCCUCUGCACCGACCUAG